AAAUAUUCAUAAAAAUCCCAUCUUUCAUAUUUUGAGGCAUUCUUUAUAACCCAGGUUUUAAGGGUUUAUGCUUUGUUGUACAAUUCCUUAUGUAAAAUUUUGUAUCAUAAAUCAUAAAUUAUAAAUCUUUGAAUUGAAAAUGGGAUCACAUUUAGAUUUCUGGGAAAAAGAUCCCUUCUUUUCUGCAGCUGAAGAAGUUCAAGAAUCUGCUGACAGGAUGGAAUCAACAUAUAGAAGAUUAAUGAAUGCAGGAAAGGAAGCAUCUGUUUCGAAUUCGGAAGUUCUUAAAAGGGAUUUACAAACAGCACUUGGUACUACCAAAUGGCAGUUGGAGGAAUUUGAAAAGGCGGUUGAGUCGAGUUAUGGCAAGGAUUCUACAGAGGAUGCAAAAGAUAGGCAUCGUGAUUUUAUUAGUGCAAUGGAGAAUCAGAUUUCGCGAGUUGAAAGUUCAUGGAAUGAUUCAGGUGGUUCAACAAGGAGGCCACCGCGUCCAUGGAUACGCCUUGACGAAACUGAGAGAAAGGAACUUGCAUUAUUUCUUUCCGGAUCAGCAGCUCGUGGUGAUGAACAAUCUGCCAACACUCGAUUUAAUGAUGAAAAGAGAGGAAGAAGAAAACAAAGGGUGGUGGAUAAAGAGGACAAGUUUUCGGGUCAUAGAAGAGCAGCAAGUGCCAGCGCAGACAUUGGUUCUUGGAACAUUACUGUUGAUGAUGACAAUCUUUCUCCUCGUGGAAAAAUAAAGAAUCCACCUCGAAAGGUGCCAAGUUUUUCAGGACUUUUAAACACCUUGGAAUCUGCAUCAAAGUUUAAGUGGCCUAAAAAUGGUUACAAGAAACUAAGCCAAGAGGAUGAUGCUAGACCGUUAGAGACCCGAACUUUGACUAGAGAUAUAAAGGAAAGUCAUGAGAGAAGUAAGAGUUGUCCGGAACCUAGUGAUGAUCAGUAUGAUAAACGCCUGCAUGGGUGGUAUGGUGCUAUUCAAAGACUCUUCCAACGGUCACAUUAUUACAUGCUCUAUAAUCGGUGCGCCCAAGUUAUUUUGUGGGCUCUUGUCAUUAUUUUCUUGCUUGCAUUAGUUGUGUUUCAGUUUAUAUAAAGAGAAGAUACAAAAUUAUCAGUUGCGACACCAUGAGACGCAAAAAGGGUCUUUCGCGUUAGCAACCUGGUAGAUGAUACAUUCCGAUUAGUUUGUUGUAGAUUAGAAGCUACAGUUUAGUUGGCCAUUUUCAAUUUUCACAAUUUCUGUCAGCAGUUUCUUGCCCCUGCUGUUUGAAAAGGUUUGUGUAAUCCAUUAUACAAUGUAGAUGUACAAGUGUUGUAAGCUUUGUGUCAUGUAAUGUAAAUUGUAGCUUCUUUUGAUUUGUGUUAUUCAUAAUAGAAGUUUUCUCCUUGCAUUAAA